AUGUGCAUCAAGAAUGAGGUAGCGCCUGUCGAGACAUCCACACCCCCGUCCACGACGCGUAUCACCAUCGAGGUCUGCAUCGAUUCCGUCGAAUCGGCUCUCGCGGCCAUACGAGGAGGGGCAGAUCGUCUCGAGCUCUGCGGCAAUCUCGGGCUUGGAGGAGGCACUACUCCCAGCCUCGGACUAUUCAAGGCCGUGCGCGAGGCAACGCCGGAUGGCAUGCCUAUUAUGGUAAUGGUCCGACCCCGCACUGGGGAUUUUCUAUACACCGACGCAGAGUUCGGCAUCAUGCGAGAGGAUAUCAAGGCCUUCAAGGAAGCUCGCGCCGACGGCGUCGUCCUGGGCAUCCUGCACAAGGACGGCGGGAUAGACACGUCCCGCACCAAAGUCGAGAUACCCUAG